UUCCCGUCUCGGCGAAGCGCGCCCCACAGCUGCAGCGACAACAGCGGCGGCCGCUCUCGUGCGCUGCUGCCGCCUCCUGUGCACGGACCCCGCGCGUGUUGCCAUCAGGCGGCGUUAUCGACUGUCGUCUUCUCUCUCUCUCUCCUUCUUUCUCUUCCUUACCACCACCACCAACAUCACCACCACCGCCCGGAUUGUUGUUCCGCUUCUUGUGAAGGCGACGCUCAAGCAGUGGAAAAUACAGUGCCCGCGCGUAGGCAAGUCGGCGGUGGCGAGGACACUUUCUUUGAAUAACGCCCAAACAAAAGAAGAUAAACAAUAAGAAAGAAAGAAAGAAAGAAAAACCCCACCACAAAACCCAGCUAACUGUUUGAAAGCAUUCGCCGGCCAAACAACAACAACAACAAAAAAAAAACCGGACACAAACAUGACCGGCAAAGCACAGACGAGCAACGUGACCAACAAAAACGACCCGAGGUCAAUCAACUCGCGCGUCUUCAUCGGCAACCUCAACACGGCCAUCGUCAAGAAGCCGGACGUGGAGACGCUCUUCUCCAAGUACGGCAAGGUGGUCGGCUGCUCGGUGCACAAGGGCUACGGCUUCGUGCAGUACGCCAGCGAGCGCAGCGCCCGGCUUGCCGUGGCCGGGGAGAACGGACGCGUCAUGGCCGGCCAGCAGCUCGAUAUUAACAUGGCGGGCGAGCCCAAACCAAACCGGCCCAAGACCAGUGGAAAGAGGCCAGUUGCUGCUCUCUAUGGGGGACCUGACUUUGACUAUGACUACUACAGGGAGGAUUUCUAUGACAGGGUCUAUGAGUACCCGGUGAGGGGGCCCCUGCCCCCGCCUCGCACGCUGCUGCCCAUCAAGCGCCCGCGCAUCUCCGUGCCCGUGCCACGGCGCGGCAAGGGGGGGUUCCCCCUGAAGGGGGGGCCCCGCUCCACCGUGACGGGCACGGCCCCCUCGGGCCCCAAGCGGCCCACUAACGACAUCGCCGCCACCGUCAGCCCGAGCGCUCUGGCCUCCAUCCGGCCCGAGCCCACAAUCGGCCCAUCCACCGUCCAGGGCUCUCAGUCCGUGGCUAAUAACUCCAAUGUGCGGAGUCAUGACCUGUACACAAUAAAGCAAGAGCUCACACAGAUAAAAACUAAAAUUGAUUCGCUUCUGGAGAGCCUGGAGAAGAUAGAAAAAGAUCAAAGAAAUCAAAACUCUGUCUGUGACCACGUGGAAGGGAAUGGGAUGGAGGAAUUGGUCCCUGGGACCCCAGAGGAGCCAAACACAGAUGAUGCCCUGGAGGGAGGGAGCGAGGAGGUGGGAGACAGAGACAGAGAGGACGAUGACUUUGAAGAGGAGACUGUCCAUGUGAAUAACCACAUAUCAGAUUCUGAGGAAACACAGUGACCUUGGACAAUAUGAAUCAGGUGAAAAUGAAUCAUAACAGAUGUGCAUCGGAGACACCGGCAGAAGUCGCGAAAUGAAGAGGAAGGAUCUUCUGCAUAAUUGCAGACCAAAUUGAUUUUGUUCACGAGCUCCAGUCAUCCACAUACACAGUGCCAACAUUUUACAAAUCCUCAUUAUUACACCGCUCAGCGAUAAGGUGACAGUGUCAUUAUGACUACUGAGAAUUUGUUUUAAUUGGGAUAUCUGAGAAAGAGCUGUGCUAGAGCUGUGAUAUAUAUAUUUACGGUUCAGAUUUCAUUAUGCAGCUCGUACAUUCUUGCAAGGUAUCACGAUUCUGAGCUAAUUGAUACUCGCAUUUGUAUUUUUGCUCUCCACCUGUUUGUGUUUUGGCAUUUCUACAAAGAGCUUAGUUUGUGGUUUUGUAAGGGGUUGUUGGGCUUCGUAAAUGGACGGAACAAUUUUUUUUGUCAAUCGCAUGCUGAUUCACACCGAUGAUUUAACAUUCUACCUGUGUUUUACCCAUUUGUCGUCAAGGUCCCCCUUAUUUAUUGUCAAUAUGUUUUACAGUUGUUUGGCUUGAUGAUAUUUAUUUGGUCGCAUGGACGAGCGAAGGAGUCAUUUUGCUUUGCGCCCAGCACGGCGCCGUGAAUAACAGUGCUGUAAGACACGUGUUCGCGUCGCGUCGACACCGCAUCCCCACCCGCUGCUUCAUCCCACCCCGGUGUUGUCUUUUGAUGGUAGUGACAAAACGAAGGCAAUGUCCCUGCGGAAUUCAAAAAAAUCUAUUUACACUUGAGUGUAUAAUUAGGCGUGGUGUUUACCGUGCGGUGUGUUUGCAGAGUGUCAGUUUUGAGUGAUUCAAGGCCACCAUUUACAGUUAAAUUGUCUGCAUUUAAGCCAAACGCUAGGCAGAUUUGGUCUCUUUAUCCGGGCUGUGGGACAUGAAUUUAUCUCGAUUAUUACCGAAAGGAAACACCGGGGGGAAACGGCGAGAAUGCAGAGAAUAUUGCAUUUCUCUCGCGAAACUGGUGUCAAAAUCAGGGUUUCUCAAAGAUGCAGCUGUUAUAAAAGAGAGAAAAAAAGCCUAAAAUACCGUGAAUAAAGUUAUUUUUAAAAAAAGACUACCUAUAUAAUUUAUGGAAUAUGAUUAUUGUACAUAACUCCCGAAUCAUCUCCAUAUAGUGCUGUACAAAUAAGAGCUUAUUACUCAUACUUUGCUUCAUUUUCGAUGUAAUGUCCAUUCAUCGGUCCAACGCGGUUCUUGCUGUUCUCAUCGGAUCGUACGCUCAUGCGUCCAAGCUUCGGCUUCUUUUCUUCUUCUUCUUCUUGGCUCAUUAAAUAAUGGGGGGGGCGGGUGGGGGGGCUUGCGGCGCUGCAUCGGCGCUCUCGCCCGCCGCACAAAGCAAAAAUCUUGGAACCCUUCGCGAGCGAGCGGACUUCGCGGCAGCGGCGAAGGAACGACUUUUUGUCAUUUUUUUUUUGGGCUAGGCAAUGUUUCGUGCGCUGGCAAAAAAAAAAAUAUUGCGAGGCGCACUUUAUAUAUAUAGCCCCUAGAUUCAUAUAAUAUCUGCCCAAAGGCACAAUACGAGUAGAAAACCUCGAAUUUGUUUCCUCUACCAGUUUUGAUUCUGUGCUUUCCUUUGUUGAGUGAGAUUGAUCGUGUUCCCAGACCGCCGUGUAUAUACGUGCAUUGUUAUACGCGGCAAUUGCCACGUCGUGCAGAGUAAGAGAUGAAGUAACAUUGAAUCGUGACGUGCAUUACAAGAUGUUUUUUUUCAAAAUGCUUUUGAUCUUUAAUGGCCCCGCUUGUCAUCAUUUUGUUUUUUUUGGUGUUGUGUGGCUUUGUGAGGUUUUUUUUUAGAUAAACACAAACAACACUUAAUUAGCAAAUUCAGCUUUUUGUCUAAUUCUGUAUUCUAAGUAUGUGCGCGUGUCUGUGUUAAACUGUACAGUGUGUCGUGUGCCUCUAUUCGCAACGAAGCUUCAGUGUGCUGCAAAUGCCUUCAUAAUUCAGGAUGGGAAACCAGUCAACUUCCUCAGACGUAGCGCAGACACAGUCGGUCUUUCCCAUGUCAACCAGUCUAAAGGUGUGUGAGUGUGAGAGUAUAAUUCUUGAGAUAUGGGGAGCGGUAGUGGAGCGGUUAGCGCUACGCUGCGCUACGAAACUGGUGACCCGAGUUCGAUUCCCGCUCACGGCCAACACCAGUGACGAUUAUCUUAACCGGUCCUGGGUCUCCCCUAGGUCGACUCAGCCUCAAAUGUGUAUCUGGUGCGGUGUGUCAACAUCGCCACUGGGGAGACAAAGGCGGUCGGGCGUGGUGGUGGCCACCCACCCUCUCGUGUACCGUGCCGGCCUUCAUAGGUGCUCGCUAACAGCACUUGCCCCAACAGUCUGUUACAGGCGACACGUGGGGAUUAAAAAAAUGCUUGAGAUCCAAUCUGCCAGUGAAUGGCGAAGAUUGACUGUGUUUGGCCGUACAUACUUAGUUACCUAUCCCUGUUCUAAACCAUUACUUGUCAACGUGGCUCUGUUCUAUCUGUUAAUUACACCCAGUCACAUGGUUUAUGUUUUUACAAGGCCAGCCAUUUCAAGGACUGAUCUAUUGCAAUUAUACAAACUGUCUAAGCGAGAGAAAUAAUCAAUUCACGGUACUUUACCUCGCCAUUAUAUGUUUUAUGUUUAUUUUAUAUAAACUCAAAAGUGUUUAAUUUUUUGGCAGUGAUUUGAAAAUUAACAGAUUAUCGAGCAUGUAAGGGGAUUGUGUGGCGCAAAAGCAGGCCACAUGCGGAAGUCAACUCAAGGGAAUACAUGCAGUAUGCACAUGGAACGCAGACACAAUGCCUUCAAACCGAGCUGUUGCUCACUGAAAUAGGUUAUGUGGUUUAAUCCUGACUGAUUCUGUGCAUGCUUAGAUUUAAAGAACACACUAAACAAUGUGAGAGUCAAUUUGGAGGCAUCUGAGUGCAAUUACGAUAAUGAAAUUCGAUAAAACAACCCAAAUUCCCUUGUUUCGAUUAAUUAAUUAACAUCGAUUUUGUUUUGUUCGCUCACAAUAGAUACAUCGACUUGUGCAUGUAAGAAUCAAUGUGUAUUAAAUGUGUAUGCUCAGCAUGCUUGUGUGCAGCGAACCCAGCGACCCCGGUUUGAUUUGCUGGCCAGGGAUAUCUGAACUCCCCCCCCCCACCACUUCACCGACCCACAUGGUGAAGUAUGGUGAAAGCGUGCCCACGACAAGGCAUGGGGAGGCCUUUAUCCACAAUUGGAUUACAAAGGACUCAUACAAAAAAAUAUUAUAAUUAAUUUAUAUAUUGUAUGUAAUGGGUUCAAGUGACCUCUGUGUCCACUCGGGGCCACUGAAUAUCACCACAAUUAAAAUAACAUUUCUCGAGAAUAAUUGCGAUCACGGAUUGCGAUGAUUCAACGAAUUCUCGGAGGAUGGGAGGUUGCCUCGCUAGAUCGUAAAUCAUUAACACGUCUGCUGCAUUGUAAAGCCUGCACUGGGUCAUCCUACAGGAGGAAUGGAGCCACAUUGUCUGAUUAGCUAAAGUACAGAUUUUGUUUUUGGAAAAAAAAAUGCUUGUUCAUAUUGUAAUUAAAGUAUAUUAAUAAAAUGUGUUGUGUGAGCGCUU